UAAACUGAGUGCAUGCGUAGUACGGAUAGUUUUAUUUUACACGCAAAAACAUACAUACCUGUAAAGAUUUUGCAAUAUACCUAAUUAAUAAUUAUUUUGUGAAGACCUUUAUAACUUAUAUCUUAUCUUGUGUUUAUAAAUUACGGACUGUGUGAAAACUUGGAACUGAGUUGAAAGUGCAAUGUUUUAGAGCUUUUUAUGUUGCUGUCUAACUGAAGGAAAGGAUUAUUUCGGAGAUGGUUGUUCUAAGCAGUCGCGCGGACAUGUCUGAGGGCCAGUCGACCCCAGAGUGGGACAUCAACGACGCCGUCGUGCCGCGGGUCACCAGCUUCGACCCCUUCAGCGAGUGGUGCGACGGCCACGUGAGACGCAUAUACCCCCCGGCAUGCGAGGAAGCGAGACGGCACGCGUCGGGCUGGGCUAUGAGGAACACCAAUAACCACAACGUGCAUAUUCUUAAGAAGAGCUGUCUUGGUGUGCUAGUGUGCUCCGUGCGGUGCCGUCUGCCUGAUGGGUCCAGAGUGCAUUUGAGGCCAGCGAUAUGCGAUAAGGCGCGGAAAAAACAGCAAGGAAAGCCAUGUCCGAACCGCAUGUGCAACGGGGGCCGCCUGGAGGUUCAACCCUGCCGCGGCCACUGCGGGUACCCCGUCACGCACUUCUGGAGACACACGGACCACGCCAUCUUCUUCCAAGCUAAAGGAGCCCAUGACCAUCCAAGACCUGAGGCUAAGGGGGCCAGUGAAGUGAGGCGAUCGCUUGGUGCCGGACGAAGGGUUAGAGGAUUAGCGCUGAUGUUGGCUCGGGAAUCCGCACUAGCUGAUAAAAUGACCUCGCUGAAGCCAGAGAAACAAACGCAGAAGGUCAACCCUCCGCAGCCGCCGCCGCUCAUUCCUGAUGGCCAGAGAGGUAUGACAUGCACAUGCGGUCCCUUCGAGUGCGGGUGUCGGUGGCGCGCGGAGGCGGCGGCCGAGGCGUACGCGCCCUCUUGGACGCCCCCCGAGCCGGCGUACCCCGCGUACGCGCCCCCCGCCCCCGCCGCCCUGCCCUACGACCCCGCCGCCCUGCCCACCGACGACAUCUUCCAUCCCGAAGAGAUCUUCCAGCUAGACCAACCUAUCCGAAUGGAAUUCCCUCACAUUGAACAAACGCCGUUAGAAUCGCCCCCUACGUUCGCGGAGCUCAGUGGAGACUCGAGAUCGGAGGACUCGUACUGGUUCGAGUGGCAGGGCGCGGCGGGCUCCGAGUCGAGCGAGGCGCCGUCGCCCGAGCUGUUCGGCCACGGCUACCAGCAGGCCGAGGCGUACUGCGAGCAACAGAACUACUCCACACAAGCCUACUACCCUGAAGAAGCCCAGUACUACGGCAUGGAAUGUUCGAGAACCUCGCCGGUGUUGGAGACGAGCGAUCAGCGGUACUAUAGGUGGAACCAGGAGUGCGGGCCCAGCGCGGAGCCGCAGUGGGGCUACUCCGACUGCGCGUUCACGGCGCCGCAGGGAGCCGAGUGUCGGGAGUACGACAUGCAGCAGCAGACUGUGAACGCGUUCAGCGCGCUCACCUACAAUUGAUGUGCGAAUGUUAGUUUAGUGCCUAAGUCGUUUUGUAAAUAUUCCGUUGUACAUAUGUGAUAGCUUAUAGUUGUAAAAAAUAAAUGAUUUUUCCUAUUC